UAUUGAUUUAAAAGAGUAGGAGUACGGAUGAAGGAAGAAAUGGGAUUAAAAAAGGCGUCGUAUACCAGCUUUAAAAUUUAAAAAAUUGAUUGCAUCCAUCUAUUAAUCGUUCACCAAAUUAAUUAGUGCUGCCAUAGCUAGCAGCUAGCGCGAGCGAUCACACAGAUAGACGCGAAACUCAUGGAGACAGCUGAGCCUCGACGCCGCGCCACUUUUCUUCUUCUUCGUAAUCCUCUGCUGCUGCUGCUGGUAAUAACUGCCGCCGCCGCACCACUUUCUUCUCAACAACAAGCAGCAGCAGCAGCUAGCAACAGGUUGAAAACUGCCACUUUCCGGUCACCCGCGUUUGAACUAGAGCCCGGAUCAGUGGUAAACAAAUACUACUAUAAUCUGGGCUUCCCCAAAGGUCAUAUUGCAGUGAAAGCAUUCGACGCAGAAGUGGUUGAUGAAGCCGGAAACUCCAUCCCUCUUCACGAAACCUAUCUCCACCAUUGGCUUGUGGGGAGGUACUACCGCCUCAAAGGCAGCGCCGAUGAUGCUCGAUCCGGCCAUAUUUCUGUCGACAACUCGGGCUUCUGCCGCACCCUCCCCCAGUAUUUCGGGCUGGGAUCCGAAACAAGGAAAACGGAUACCCACGUUCCAGACCCGUACGGAAUAGAAGUCGGGAAGGCGGAAGACAUCCCGGAGGGGUACGAGGAGGCGUGGGUGCUUAACUUGCACGCGAUUGAUACUCGGGGAGCGGUGGAUAGGUUGGGGUGCGCCGAGUGCAGGUGUGAGCUGUACAAUGUGAGCGUGGACAUGAACGGGAAGGCGCUAGAGAAAGAUUAUGUGGGGGGGCUGCGCUGUUGCUAUGACGGGACGAGAUGUAGGGUGAAUGCCGAUGUUGCUGCUGCUGCUGCUGAGGGAAGAAGGCGCCUCUAUCUCCAGUACACUGUCACCUACCUUCACUGGGAUUCCUCCAUUCUGCCCCUCAAAAUUUAUAUUUUUGAUGUCACCGAUUCAUGGAAUAUGACUACUCCACCCUCCCAAGCCCACAACUGCAAGAUUGAGUUUAAUGUUGACUCUUGUUCUGCUGAUGUGGCCAAUGAUGAAUUAUGCAUUCAUACCCGAACUGCAAUUUCAAGUUUGCCCAUCGGAGGAGAUCUCAUUUACGCUGUGGCCCACCAGCACACAGGAGGGGUUGGUUCAGCUCUGUAUGGGGAGGAUGGACGGACAUUAUGCUCGUCGGUUCCGAUUUAUGGAAAGGGCAAGGAACCAGGGAAUGAAGCUGGGCUCAACAUUGGAAUGACAACAUGUUAUCCUCAGCCCGGCUCCGUAAAGAUUGCAAAGGGCGAAAAGCUGACCAUUGUAUCUAACUAUAGCAGUAGCCAGAGCCACACCGGAGUCAUGGGCAUGUUCUACAUUUUGGUUGCUGAACCUUUGCAGCUACCAAAUGCCAGCAUGUAACUCAAUGUAUGAAACCUUGAUGAACUCACACUUCAUUUGGAUGCUUCAGAUACUCUGGCUAUUCCGUUCCGUUUACAAUUAUUUUGUUUCUUUAUUUCUUCUCGUUAAGGUUUGUUUUCACUCUUAUUUUUAUCAUGUAUUUUCCAGGUAAGGUCUAGUACCCCCAGUUUGUAUCUUUUCAUUUCAACUAUUGUCGGUCCGCUAACAAUAUGCGGUCAUGGAUCAUUAUUGGCGGAAGGUCCCUAAAGUUGGUAUUAUUCUGAAAUAAUCGAUAGUUACAAUUAUUAUGAGGGGACCGCCAAUAGUUGAGAUUAUUACAAUCAAUUUUUCCUAAAUUAAAUUAAAUGUUUUCGGAUAUUUAUCCACUGAGUUUGGUGGUUCACCCUCAGGGACAAAAAAGCUUAAAUUAGUGUGCAGAAAUUAGAAUAGAAGGAUAUGUUUAUUAUUAACAUAUUAACACACUACUCCCUUUUCUUCAACUCCUUUUCCAACCUUAAAAUGUCUCAACUAAAACUUCUAAAAACUUGCUACUCUCGUUCUUUCCCCAUUCUCUAGGAAUCAACAAAGAAACUUAACAUACCCAUAAUCUGAUUUUCCAAUGACAUAGGUUGAAGUUCACGUAUACGUCGUAUAGAGAUGGAGAUGGAGUAGCAAAAACAUUAUUCCGUUCUAGCUAGCUAAGAUUUACCACUUUUGAUAUUCUUCUACUCUUCUCUCAAUUGAAUCAAGUAUAUAUAUGCUUAUCUUCUAAUUUCUCUCUAUAGUUUUAAGUAAGGUUUGAACAUUUCUUUCCAUAGUAAAAAUAUCAUUUUCAGGCAUCAUUUUAUGAUUGAACUGUGCAGCUCAACAACGUAAUUACAUGCCACUAUUACAGCCGCUAUUUCUUUUGGAUCAAUGUACACAUAUCUGCAGAAGUACCAACUUAUCAUUUUCAUGAAAUAUGAAGCUGAACAUAAUCAAAGCUUGAACAUAAUCAAUACCUUAAAAACAAUCAGCCCUAAAAAAUGUAAAUACACCAACAUAGUUACCAAAGAUAUUCAAAAUGGGAAAAGGUGAAUUGACCAGUAUGUCCUAAAUUGACAAGUACACUGGUAGUACAAUAAAAAUAAAGGGACAUUUCUACCGUGUAUCUUUUGAAAAUCACUAAAAUCCUUUAAUCUUUGUUUUUACCCCAUAGAUAAGUCUAUCCUUAGGGCUGUAAGAGUAAAGGUAUAACUUUUACUAUCAUUAGAUCUGUAAGAUAAAGGUACAACUUUUACUAAAAACAAUUUACUGAAUAGCUAGAGCAAUAAGGUUACUCUAUUCUUUCUCAAUGGAAUAAACACAUUUGACCUCAUAAAAGAGCAGUCUUUGUUUCAUGUUAGCUGUUCAAGCUAGCAGGGAACAACACAAAUAUGAAUCACAGAUUUAAGGUACCCCUCUUCUACAUUUAAGUUGAUCCUGUCCCAACCAAAAGAAGAAUAUAUUUAUAAUUAACACUUUAUAUGUCAAGUAAUGUGUUUCUAGUUUCUCUCAUAUGAAGGUUAUAAAGUCCUAACGACACUAAUUCGUGAUUGACAGAUACCAUCUCCUUCGCUAUGGUUCCAUGGUUCUACCAUAAUCAAAUAUGGACCUAAUGUAACAAGCAUCACAGGAAUUCUAAUACAAGCAAGAAGUUUGCUAUAUCUUUAUCCUAAUUCAUAAAACCCAUCGGGACAUAACAAUUAAAAAAAAUUAAAAGUCUGCAGAUAAUAUCCACACUGAAAUCUUAACAUGAUGACAAACUGUAUUAAAGAUAUUAAAACCAUUCCUUCAAAAUAGAUGAGAAUAUCUGGUGCAAAUAUCAUGUAAAAAGUUGGGCGAAAUUGAAAGAACUAACAAACAUUUAAAAUUACCAAAACAAAACAAAAUUUGUUGCGACCUUUAAGCGCCAUUGUCAUGGCAAUGGACCAACUCCGACCAAGAAGAAUAAUUCUCGAAACCCAUAAGAGGCUGGCCGAUGAGAGACGCCGGGAUCGUCAGAAGAGUGAAGUGAACUAUUGGGAUUAAUCUCAUCAUCAUCAUGGGUGGAGACCAGAUCAUCAUCGUUCGCCAUGGAGGUGCUGAAACUGCUGGAAUUUUGUUUACAGCAGAUCAUGGAGAAGUGAAAAUAGAGGAAAAUAUCAGUUUGAUACCAUGUAGACAAAAUAGAACAGAAGGCUAUGUUUAUCGU